AUGACUGUGAAUAAUGAUGAUAACACAACUUUCUUUCUUCUAUCGGAGGAGGAGCUCGAUCAGCUUACCCAAAUCAUAAUUCCCAUCAUCCUUGUCUCCAUCAUUGCUUCCGCAAUCAUGUCCGUGGUUUUUAUACUCAUCCGGAUCUAUUAUCCCCCUUUGGCCGACAGGGUUUCCUUCAGGUUAGGAUUUGCCACCAUGGUCAGCGAUCUUUUUUAUAUGGCUUUUCAAUUAGUUGGAAAUCUCGCAGAAAAUGAACCGGGAUUCAUGUGUUCAUUCAUGGUCUGGGGGUUGGUCAGUUCCAGUUUGAUGUCGGUUUUCUUCACAGCAUGCAUCGCAAUUAAUCUCCAAACGAUAUUCGUUCAUGAAUAUAAAGGAAGGCGUAAUUUGGAAAAGUACUACUUCAUCUUUUCAAUUGGAAUGGCUCUUCUACUCUCUUUCCUUCCACUGACGCAAAAUAUGCUUGGAUUUGAUGUUCCCGAACAGGUCUGCUGGUACAAGGAUUCCGGAAUGAAAUACAACAUCAUAUGGCAAUGGGCAACUUUAUUUGGAUGGAUAGAAUUGUGUGUAUUAUAUUGCGCCAUAAUUGUAAUUACAGUCGUGAUAAAGCUUUACUUUGUCGCCAGCCGAUUUGAGAAAACGCUUGAAGUUCUGCCUAUCACAGACCCUUCAAAAGAUGAGCUUAAAAAAUUUGCGAAAAAAAGUCCUACGAUUUCCAUGGUGGUCAGAAGGGUGCUCUGGUAUCCGGUGGUACCAAUAAUCACCCAGACACCCAACUGGUUAGUCGAAACUAGCAUUUAUCUUCAACAAAGAGCUUCCUAUUCUAUGUUUCUUGUCUGCUUCGUGGCUAUUGCGAUGCAAGGUUUACUAAAUGCUUUGGUAUUUUCCCAAGACAUUGCGGUAACACGUGCAAUCCAAUUAAAAAAACUUAAUUGGUGGUAUAAUUAUGUAAACGCCUAUGAACAAAAGUAUCCGCAUUUGUCAAAAAACAAACGAAUCGAAUCUUCCAAGAAAUCACGCACCGACUCAAGUAACAAUAAUACGAACGUCACUGAUAUUCUUCCGGAACAAUUGUCGGAAAAAAUGGAAAUUGUCCGGAAAUCGGAAGGGUCAGAGAGUGCAUCCAAUCCGACAUUUCUUGAAAAGCUACGCUAUACAUUGUUGGUCAAGUUAUUUUCAACUCCCGAAGAAACUGACCUAUUGAUCUCACUUCAACAUACACUUUCAUCAAUCGAUGAGACGAAACCUGAACCAGAGGAAUCGGCGAGGAAACGAAAAUUUCUUUCUUUACCUGUGCCAAAAGAUGCUCUCAUUAGAAGCCAGAAAUUUCUUUCCUUACAAAUGACAUCCCUAAAACCUUCCACGGAUCCUGAACAGGAGCACAAAAUAUCUUCUGAUUUCUCGAGUUCCCCUACAGUUACUCCCAAUUUCCAAGAUUCCAGCAGUGAUCACAUCAACCCACCAUCAGAACCACCGACCUUUCACACCAACAAUACCUUCUCUCACUUAACGUACACCGAUCUACUAUUGGAGUCAACUUUUCACGCUAAAAAAACUUUCCGUCACUCAACGAUCGGAGCCGUAACUCCUAAUUAUGCAUUGAUUGGUGAUGAGAAUCCAUUGCCAAUGUCAAAACUCCUACAAUCCCCUAGUUUGCGAAGGAACAAAAAAACAUUGAGUAUUAACUCAACAAAGUCUCCAUCAAACCGACCAGGUUAUCCCUCAGUUGCAAAUAAAAACACAAAUAGAAAUAAUCGAGGAACGUCUUUGACGUUUGAGGAAAUAAAUGAAGAAUCUGAUCAGGAAAUACUAUCACCUUCAUUUACCAAAAUGUUUAAUAAGAAACCAUCAUUGGAAUACGUCCAUGUUUUAAAGAAGUUAUAG